AUGGCCCAACGAAAGACUUGCGUCAUCUCGGCCUCGCCGGAACGCUGCAUACAAUUCCUUCACCGAGCGAAAAAACCUUCAACAUAUUGGCGGGAUCACAGGUGGACGGAGCCGUCGGGAAGAGCCGCGCUCGAUGAAUCGAAGGAUUAUCGAGCCUAUCUCUCGUCCAUUAUCAAUGUGAACAAUCAGGCGAUUGAUCAAGAAUACGCGGGUCGUAAGAUUAAUGAAGGUGGCAAGUUGAAGAGGCAGACAGCCACAACGAAUCUUCGUCUUGCUGUGACGAAGCAGGAACACGAGAAGCCGGUCAUUUUUGCCGCUCAAGAGGAGUUUGAAGUUUAUGAGGAUCAAACUCCGACAAAGGAGAAUUUGAACAAGUCAAAUAAUAUUCUUCAUGAGCUCGAGGAGCGACUUAAUCAGAAAAAUGAAAAAGAAAAUAGCCUGAAAGGCGAUCAGCGCAAACUCAGCGAGCACAAGCGAUUCAUGGAGACUCGGCACGAUUCAUCGGAAAUCAUGUCGGUUUGCGAUGAGUCGUCGAUUCAUCCGCCGUCGGUUUGCGGAACUAUCGGAUUCGACGAUGAUGAGAUUGAUAAGAUUUCUAUGCCAUCGGCGACGACGUCAAUUCGAUCGGAGUUCUCGCAUUUCACGAUGGGCGAAGAGCGAUUCGCCGAUUCGGACCUUCAGACGAAGUUUACGCGAACAUUGGCGGAACGCGAGCGAAAAAUUGAGGAAAUGUUCGCAUGCGAAGAAUAUUUUGCCGAUAUUUAUAAAUAUAUGUGUGACCGACAGACCAAAGUUCGGCCUUCUUCGCGGUACAUCGCCAAACAGCCCGACGUUACCGUCGAAAUGCGCGCGAUUCUUAUUGACUGGUUCAACGAUGUGACGAAUGAAUAUGGUCUUCAACAGGAGACGCUUCAUCUUGCCACAUCGCUCGUUGAUCGCGUUUUGUCGAAAUUCUGCGUUGAGAAGCAUCGACUUCAGCUCGUUGGCACCACGGCGCUAAUGAUUGCUUCAAAAUAUGAGGAGAUCUAUCCGCCUGAGCUCAAGGAUUUCUCGCACAUCACUGCUGAUACAUUCAAUGUUAAACAGAUUCUCAUGAUGGAGAAGUAUCUUCUCGCACAGCUUGACUAUGUCGUCUCGACGCCGACAAUCGCCUGGUUCGCAUCGUGUUUCGCGAGGAAGCAAGAAGCCAGCAAGCGUACCAAGCACGCAAUGGAAUAUAUGGUGGAUUUGUCACUUAUGGACUAUAAAAUGUUGGUGUUCCGACCGUCGCAUAUCGCCGCGGCAUGCCUUUGUUUCGCCAACGUGCUCACUGAUUGCGCGCCGUGGAGCCGGGAACUCGAGCAGACGACUUCGAUGAAUAUUGAGCAAUUUGCUGUGAUAUUGCCGGAAUUGCACAAGUUGUUCGUUGAAGCCCGCACCAGUGAAUAUUCAUCAAUGUUCACGCGAUAUUCUGAUAAUAUAUUCCACGCGGUCUCCCUUCUACCGCCACCGGAACACGUUUACGUGGUGCCGUCGAUGGCGAUGCGAACGAUGCGGCCGGAUUGGUUCAAGUAA